AUGAGUACUAACAAUGGUGUCACUGGCAAACUCUCCAGUAGAGUCAUGAAUAUGAAGUUUAUGAAAUUUGGUAAGACAGACGACGAAGAAAGUUCCAACUCCAAUACGCCAUCCAUUAUCAAUUCAGAUGUGGAAUCUAAUGAGCAAAGAGAGAAACUGUUUGGUCGAGAUAACUCAGCGUGGGACCUCAAUAGCUACAAUGAUGACGUGAAAAAAAUCUCAGGAAAGCAGAAGAAGAAAAUGAGAAAAGUAGUGUAUAAGAAACGACCCCAUCUCAUAAUUUCCAACGUUGGUUACAGCGAGCUGCGAAAACCUGAGGGCGUAAUGAAUGGAAGAAAAGUUUUUGGUGAUAAUCCUAAUGAUAUUGGUUCCAGGAAGAGAAAGCUUGAGGAAAGCGAACAAAAUGAGGAAGGGAAAAGCGAUGCUAAGGAUAAGGAGUUUACAGGAAGCCAAGAAGAAGGAGAGGAUGAAUACGACCUGGAUAAAUUAUUCAAGGAUAGCAUCAAAAAGAAAAAGACCACCCAUAAUACUAAAAAUAAAAAUGGAAAUUCAAAACAGUAG